CUGUAUAAUUGAAGUAAGUUAAUGAGUUAGGUUACCUAGAUGAACUCUAGGAUUACUUUGUGAGAAUUGAGAUUGUGAGUUGACAUUAGGUGUAGAGCCUUGUGGACUUGGUCCAGUGGCAUUCGGGUAAAGAUGUACGUACAUGGAAUCUGGGAUCUGAUCCGUAGGAUUGGAGGUUCCACCCAACCGGAGCCGUAGGUACCGGGUUGACCAGAAUCAUGGCCGUAGGUAGUGGUUCUAAUGUCAUAGAAUAGACUUUGAGUCAUGGCCGUAGGAAAGUUGAUCUAUAUAAAAUGAGCGAAGCUUCGAACAACCAAAUCGAGACCCAUGACAUGGAACAAAACGUGGAGGCUCAGCAGCACCCGGUUAUGCCUGCGUUCUUGAGGCAAUUUCUGCAGCAAAUGGCGAACGCGCCAAUGUUCCAACCACCGCCUCCACCGCCUCCUAGGCAAAUCACAUUGAAAACGCUGAAGGACAAUGGUGCUGAAGAGUUCCAUGGGGAUAGGAUCUCUGAUCCCCAGAUUGCACUAGACUGGAUUGAACAGACAGAAAGAGUGUUGAAGAAUCUGAGUGUUCCAGACGCGAGACGUCCUGAGCUUGCUUUCCUGCUCCUUCGUAAGGGAGGAUACGAGUGGUGGAAGCGCGCAGAUGAGAAAGUACCUAAGCCUUGGACAUGGGAGCAUUUUGAUUGGGCAUUCAAGAAGGAGUACAUACCAGCUCGCUUCAGAGAGGAGAAACGCACGGAGUUUAUGGAACUAAAGCAAGGAGACAUGACUCUCCCCGAGCUUCGACAAAAGUUCGAUCACCUAGCUCAGUUUGCGACUACGCUGGUAUCCACGCCGGCAGAUCGUAUUGAAGAAUUUCGUAAGAGGCUACGUCCCGACAUUCGGCCAUAUGUAUCCACCCUAACCACUACAGACUUCUCUAAGGCUUACGAUCUAAUGGCUAAGGCAGAAAAAGACGUUGACGACUAUAAGGCUAGUCUGAAGGCUCAAGAGGCAGGACCAAGUAUGCGCCCCACUACGAAUACGACACCGAGUGCAAAAAGGCCAAUAGGGGAGACGAGUGAGAUAUCUCAAGCGAAGAAAGGCAAGUCAGUGCAUACCUAGCCAGUGCCGACUCAUUCGGUUGCCUCAAGCAGCAAAACCCGACCUACGAAGAUUCCCCCAUGCCCUACAUGUGGGAGAUCGCAUCGUGGUGAGUGCUGGCUCACCCAAGGACUAUGCUUAGGCUGCGGAGAGGAUGGACACUUUCGUAAGAAUUGUCCUACAAACCCAGGAGAGCCAUUUCCACCAGCGUCGGUGCGUAACCAAACCACUACGCAGCAACCGGCACAGAGCCAACAUACGACCGCUGGGCCAAACCAGCCAAGAAAUUAGAAUCAGCAAG